CACAAGUUAUAAUUGGUUAUGAAGAUCGUUUUAUAGGCAUUCAUGAAAUUGCAUUUAAUGAAUUUAAGAAAGUGCAUGAGCAUAAAUAUGGUGUUCCAAUGCAUCGUAUUCGAUAUUUUAAAAUUAAUGGAUGUAUUAUAUGGGAUCGAACAAGAAAGUUAGAUAUAUUAACUGGUAGUGAACAACAAAAUGGAACACUUUAUGAUACAGAAGAAAGACCCAUUCUUGUACAAGGUCUCUAUCAUUUUGAUCAAUCUCUUCAACAAUGGAUUAUUCAAUAUCCACACAUAACAUUAACAUCAGAUGAUCUAAAAAUUCCAUCAACAAAUGAUACAUGUCUUCCUGAAGGAUGUCAUAUUGUCACAUGGAAUAUUUUAUUCGAUUUUUAUCAAUCAACACUUAUAUAUACUUCUCAACGAUAUCGAUCAAUACUUGAUACACUUAAAUCACUUUUACCUGAUAUUAUUUGUUUACAAGAAGUAACUUAUAAUUUUCUUAAUCUUCUUUUAAAUGAAAUAUGGUUACAAGAAAAUAAUUAUUAUAUUAUUAUAAUGAAAAAUGUUAUUGAUAGUUAUAAAGAAAAAUCAUAUGGUCAAUUGAUGAUAAUGAAAAAUUUUCGACCUCGAUCAUUUUCUAUAUGUCCACUUGACCUAUCUGAUAAUGAUGAAGAAACAGCAGCAACAACGACAGUAACAAAACAUAAAAUAACAAAAGAACUAAUAAUAGCUCGAUUUGGUUUAAAUACUAAAGCAACGAUUGACCUCGUUAAUCUUCAUUUACAUAGUGAUCUUUCUCGUAAUGCAAGUGGAAAACGUUGUCAAACUCUAGAAAAUCUUUUUAAAAAGAUGAAAACAAUUAAUUAUAUGCUUAUUGGAGAUUUUAAUUUUGGCGAUAAUAAUCUAAAAGAACAAAAUAUAUUGGCAUCAUAUGAAAAUAAAGUUCAUGAUCUAUGGAAAGAUGUUUAUAAUCUUGAUCAGAAUCCUGGUUAUACAUAUGAUCCAUCAACUAAUAUUUGUGCUCAUAUUACAUCUCAAUCACAAAUAAAUCGUCGUUUAGAUCGAUAUUUAAUUCAUACAUUAGAUAAUCUUUCUUAUUCUAUUGAACAUCUUUCAAUGAUUGGUAUUGAAAAAAUACCAAUUGAUCUAUUAAAUAUUGAUAAUAAUCAACUUAUUAAUCAAUCUGAUCAUUAUGCUUUACAAUUAAUUAUUAAUUUUCGAACAAGAUCAAUAAGUCAUCGUUCAGCACUUGUUAUAUUGCCAACAUUAAAUACAAGGUCAUUAAUUCGUUCAUAUAGUAAAGAAUAUUAUCCAUCUGAUGAUGGUCUAUGGCCAUCACAUAUUAAUUUAUUAUGGCCAUUUUUUGAUUUAAUUGAUUGUCAAAAUGAUCAAGAAGAUAUUCUUUUACGAUUAAGACUUUUAUUAAGUCAACAGCCAUCAUUUUCAAUAAAAAUUAAUGAAAUUGAUUCAUUUAUUGAAAAUAAUAUUAUUUAUAUGAAAAUGAAUGAUGAAUCAACAAAAUAUGUUAAACAAUUACAAGAACAACUAAUUAAACUAUUUCCGCAAUGUUUAAGAGAUAAACGAAGUAGUUAUUAUAACCCACAUAUGACAAUUGGACAAUUUGAUAAUGAAGAAAAAUUUAAUGAAGCGAAAUCAUCAUUGAUCUUACAUGAAUCAUUUGAAUUUCCUGUUGAAUAUAUUUAUGUUUUACAACGACCACAUGAUAAUGAUACAACACCAUUUCAUAUUACUUAUCAAUUACCAUUAGGUCCUAUACUUCAAUCAAUAAAUUUUAAACAAAUCAAUUCUGUUCAUAUUAAAUUACAAGAAUUUUUUCAAACAAUGAAUCUUUAUGAAACAAAUCAAUCAUAUAAACGAAAACAAGAGAAAUUUGAAAAACUUUCAUCUUGUUUUCAACAAAUGUUUAAUAAAGAUACAUUACAUUGUUUUACUACUUCAUUUUUAUCAUAUGGUAGUUUUCGUAUUGGUAUUAAUGGACAAGAUCUUGAUACAGUAUUUGUUUUAAAUGAACUUAAAUUAACAAACAAUAAAACAAGUUUUGAUGAAUCACUUCUUCAAUUAAAACAUGAUUCAAAUGCAUUAAAUAAUUAUAUUGUUAAUCUACUUGAAACACAGAUAAAUGGAAAUCUCAAAGAUGAAAUAGUUUAUUACCGAAAAGUUCAAGCAUUAUUUCCAAUAAUAUCAAUUUUAUUUAAAGAUCAAACAAAAGUAGAAAUCUAUGUACAAACUGAAAUAAAGAACGAAAAGCCUUCUAAACAUUCUAUACACGGGGUACAUGAUAUUGAACGUCUGGUGACAUAUGUUCGUUGCCCACCUAUAUUUCAACAUCUCCUGACAUUUAUUCGUACUUGGGCUCAACAUGUUGGUCUUUAUGAACAAGUAUACGGUUAUUUAGGUGGCUAUUCUUGGGCUAUUUUAUGUGCAUAUAUUUGUCAUACAUACUUACCAUCAAUGAAAUCUCUUUCAUCAAUCGAACAAUUUUCUAUUGAUGAACUUUUCUCAUUAGUUCGACAAUUUUUUUCAACUUUCGCAAAUUUUAAUUGGUCAUCACAAGCAUUUCGUCUUUAUCCAAAAUCUUAUAAACAAAUGAAUCUAUUAGAAAAAUCAUCAGUACAUAAUCGAGGAUCAAUGCGUAUUAUAUCACCAAGUCCACCCUAUAAUAAUACAGGACGUGCAACAAUCAAUUCUACUCGUGAUUUAAUUAUUCAAGGUUUUCAAUGCGUUCUACAAUUACUUAAUACAAUAAAUACAAUCAGUUCGGAAGAUAAAUUGAAUGCAUUAAAACAAAUUCUUGAAUUAAAUAAUGAUUUUCCAAAUGAAAAAGUAAAAUCACUUGUUCAAUUAACAUUUUCAAGUGAAAAUAGUAAUGAAUUAGAUGAAUGGAUUGGUUGGAUGAAAUCACGUUUAGCACAUUUUGUCAAUGCUUGUGAAGUAGAAUGUCAUUUAGUUAUUCAAACACAAAGUUCAAUUGAAUAUAAAUCAAAUAACACUGAAGCAUUAUAUUCUAUUGGUUUUCAACUUGAUUCACAAACAUUAAUUCAACAUCAAAAUUUUUCUAGUUGUUUAAAGAAAUUCGUUGAUCAAUUUGAUUUAUAUCCAAAUCGUAAAGAAUCAAUGAAAAUUUCAUAUAAAAUAUUCUCAAUACAUGAUUGGAAACUUGAACGAAUGCAAGCAAAACUACAAAGAACAACUAAAUAA